AUGUUGCACCCGCACCCUGCUGCAAAAUCGUUGGCGACCGAGAUCGGGCUCCUGGCCUUGAGGACCUUCCUCAAGCGGGUGGCAGAAGGAACUCCGAUGCCGUGGCAGGGCUACUACCCCUCUCUGGUGCAGAGUCACGUCCGAGACAGCCUUCACUGGCUUCGCCACUUGGUCGCAGGCAUUCGCAGGAUUGAUGCUAAAAAGAACUUCUUGGCCGAGAAGUUGGCCUUCCUGGAGACGGAGCCCGAGGAGUGGGAGAUGGCGGAGCGUCCGAGCUUCGUCUGGGACAAGAGAGACGAGACUCGGCUCAACCAUUGA